GAAAUGUAAAGCAGGAGAUCAAUCUGCUAGUUGUCGCUCACAUCACACAAUUCAAAAUGCAACAAACCAUGAACACCAACAACCAACAAGGCAUCAUUUUGGCGACCACCCCCAACUGCUGCCCCGCGGGAACGCGCAAGGGAUGGCAGUCGGUGGCUGCGGGGGUGAUUGCUGGCUGCGUCACACGCACCACGACCUCGCCCCUGGAUGUGCUCAAGAUCUUGUUUCAAGUGAAAAGUCAAGGGGCUACGACGCUCCAAUCCACAUGCCGCACGCUGUUCCAAACGAGGGGUCUUACGGGGUUUUGGAAAGGCAACUUGGCGGGGUGCUGCCGCCUCGGACCGUACGCUGGCGUCAAGUUCUGUCUAUUUGACCAAUUGCAAUCGCUGGCACACGGAGACAACGACGCCCCGACCAACGUCGGCCGAGUCACGUGUGGCGCGCUUGCGGGCAUAGCAGCGACCUUCAUCGUGUACCCCAUGGAGCUCCUUCGGACGCGACUCAUCGUGUCUCCCGUGCCUCUGACCAUCCGUCUCGAAGCCCGGCGCAUCGUGCAAGCCGACGGCCUCCGGGGGUUCUACCGCGGGUGCACGUCCGGGCUCGUGGGGGUUAUCCCGUUCGAAGGCAUCCAGUUUGCGUGCUACGAGUAUGGCAAAGCGUAUGCGACGACCCAUCGCUGGCCCCCGUGCCGCUGGCCCCAAAACAAGACCCAAUUGCAGACGGUGGACCACCUCGCGCUAGGCAGCAUCGCGGGGGCCGUCGCACAAGUGGUCGCGUACCCGUUGGACACGAUCAAGAAGCGCUUGCAGUUGCAGGGGUCGGGGUCCAACGCCCGAUACGACGGCAUGGUCGACUGCGUCGCCAAAGUGGUGCGAGAGGAGGGGGCGAUGGCCUUGUACAGAGGGACCGUUCCCAACAUGGUGCGCCUCGUGCCGUACGCCGCCGUUAUGUUUGCGUCCUACGAAGCUGCCAAGGACUUUCUCAAGGCGUUGUGAGGAUGGUGGUUCCAGUAUACUUCACACAAUCCGAGCGCCUUGUUUGGGCAAUCCAUGCCCCUUGACCAGAACUGGUCGGGCGGGUCUUGUCAAACCCGCCGUGGCUCCAAGAGUCCGUCGCCACCGCCAUCAUCACCCCUACUACAACUAAUCUAGUUCAUCCUUGUCACGUUGUAAUUUAACAUUGCUGACCUUGUUACA